GCUAGUCAAAUCGGAACUCGCAGGGGACUCCCAUGGUGGACGGCUGAGCUCGGGGGAACCAGGGCGCGGCGUCAGUAGCCGAAACCUCAGGUAUCAACCUCCCGAAACCUCGAUUUGAACCUGCCGUUGAUCCAGCCUUUCCGAGCUGAGCGGUUCCGUAUCCCCGCCAUAAUGCCGGAACCGAGUUCGGAUCCGGGCAAUGGCAAGGGCAAGAGGAGCCUCCCUUCCUGGAUGGGCUCCGGCUCCGGCGACGGCGGCGGCGGGCCGAGUCCGGGCAAGAAGAAGCACGCGGAGGCGGCCCGCGAGAGGGCUCCAACAGGGCCGGAUUUCUCCAAACUCUUGGAUGGGGUGGUCUUUGUGCUGUCAGGGUUCGUGAACCCUGAGAGGGGCAGGCUGCGCUCCCAGGCGCUGGACAUGGGGGCGGUGUACCGGCCCGAUUGGUCCGAUGAUUGCACGCUUCUUGUUUGCGCGUUUGCCAACACCCCCAAGUUUCGGCAGGUGCAGUCGGAGAACGGAACCAUCGUCGCCAAGGAAUGGAUCUCAGAAUCUCACAGCCAAAGAAAACUCGUUGACAUUGAGCCUUACCUUAUGCAUGCUGGAAAUCCAUGGCGCACAAAUAAAGAGCCAGCCGAAUCCAGUCAAGAUCAGAAGAAGCCACGUAAAGAGCAUGAAAAGCAACUUGAGAAGACUCAUGCUAAGACACCGCCUUCUGUUGCCACUAAGGCAGGACAUUCAGGCGCUAUAAAUAAACAAUUUUCUCCUUCAAAAAUUAAACAAUGGGCAAUGGAUGAUUUUGCGAAGACGAUAUCAUGGUUGGAGAGCCAAGAAGAGAAGCCAGAGCCAAACGAAUUGAAGGCAAUAGCUGCUGAAGGGGUCAUCACUUGUCUGCAGGAUGCCAUCGAAUCCCUCGAGCAAGGCAAUGAUAUCAGUGGUGUGGCGGAGCAAUGGAGCUUUGUCCCCCACGUUGUGGACGAGCUAGUGCGGCUGGACGGAAAGGGAUCAUCGAUGUCUAAAGAACAACUCGCCCAACUAGCAACCAAAUGCAAGAAAAUCUACCAGGCCGAGUUUGCCCAGAUGGACAGUGAUGACAAGAAGGGCAAGGAGCGUCCCGGAAGAACCGGAGUGGACGAUGCUCAGUACGACAGCGAUGAUACGAUCGAGAUGACGGAGGAAGAGAUUGAUCUCAGCUUGCAAACAGUUCUCAGGGAUUAGUAGCUAGGUCAGGAGAAGUUCUUUAGGAGAGGAGAGCAAGGACUGUGUAUCAGUGAGCAUGGUAUGGCCGUCAGUAAUCGGAACAGUCUUAUUAUCACUGAGUUUCAGUGGAGUUUGUGCUCUGUUCUUGAUCAA